CCGUGUCGAGAGGUCCAGCAAAUGUCGGCAAGCGCUCGCCGCCCCGCCUGGCGGAGCUCUCCGAGUUCCCGCCAUUGGGCGAGUCCGAGGCGAACAGGCUGUCGGAGCCGAUGUUCGACGAGGAAGGAAUCAUCGAAUACGUACGCGACGUGUACGGCUUCGUCCGUUUCAAACGGUAUCCGAGCGAGAGCGCCUGCUUCCACAGGGACGACGAAGCCAGGUACCUGGGUCGACGCGUGAAGUACGCGACGGACGUGUUCAAGGUGGGCGACGUGGCGCGCUUCGACGCCCUGCCCAAUCAGCGCACCCAGGGCGUGGCCAAAUGGCGCGUCACGGCCGUUCCACUACGUUCAAGGGGUGCCCGGCUGGGCGUCGCCAAAGCCGUGCAGGGAAUGGGACAGUGACGAAAACGACAAAUCGCGCGAAAUGACGGGUUUGCACGGCGUCGUGGAUCGCGUCAAGUCAGAGUACGGCUUCAUCCGGUUGGGACCUCACUCGGCGCCCGCGGCCUUCUUUCGCGUCGGCGUCCUGGAACAGUCCAUGGAGAAGACCGUCGACGACGUCAGCGAAGUGCUCGCCGUCGGCGACCUGGUCCGCUUCGACGCCGAGCUGAACCUCAAGGAUAACACGUCGGCCAAGUGGUGGGUCACGUACGUCCGGCCCGUCUCGGCUUCGAGCCCGGCUGCGCCUUCGCGCGGCGGCGUCCCUCGGCUGAAAGAGCUAGGCAAACCAUCCGGCAAAGAAGGCCCUAACGGUACUAGCAGGGGGCCUCGUGACGCGGGCGUCGUUCUCAACAACGGCGACGACUCCGACGACGACGAUUCCGACGUCGACCAGAACUCGUGGCCGUCGCUGAAAGGAAACGAGAAGAAGAUACUUCCCUGGAGCUACGCGCGGUGCGCUGCCAGAGCCGUGGCCUCCGAAGGCAUCACCGUGCCAAACACUUCUGCGCCAACGAAGGCGCCUCCAGCUCCACCACUGACGUCCACCGUUUCCAAGAUGACGUCCUCCCUCGCUCGGCCGUCGGUUCUCGUGUACCGCGGCGCCAGAGGAAUCGCGAAGCUUGUUGACGGAGGUGCGGCGAUCGAAUGCGAAGUCAGGGAAACCACCGGCCUAAGGCGGGUCAAACUGGGAGACGACUGCCCGUUUUACCGGAACGGAGUGCGAUUGCAGGCGGACGGUGGUGGAGUCGCCAAGGCGCUCGGCGAAGGUGACCAGCUGACCCUCGACUACGCCGUGGCCGCCGACGUCGCGUCCCCGAAGAAUGCGGACGUCCACUUGUUACCUAGCCUGGCAAGGAGAGAGGCCGAGCGAUGUGCCUAACUUGAGCCUGGAGCUGCUGAGGAGAGUGUUGAAGGCUGGCUGCGACCAGAACAGCGAGAAGACUGCCCACACUGACGUCCAGAGGGGACUCCGGGAAGUGAGU